UUCACAUAAGUAUCAUAUGAGCCAGGUUUUCUAACUUACAUGCAUUGGCAUAGCAAAUGGGAAACUCAUGGGCAUGUUUCACUCCCAAAGGGGUAACCUUCACAAAAAAACCCUCAAAACGUUUACCAAACUCUUCUUCAACCAAAAGGACUAAGAAAAAGGAUGAGGAGCUUGAGUUUGACGAUGCUCUCAUUCACCAACAGGCUCUUUCUGCCGCUUUCCUCUUCCACCAGCAUCAGCUGAACGGUUCUCUACCCGUUAACCUUAACAGGUCCACUUCUGUGGUGUACCCAUCUACAGCUGCUCCUAAAAAGCUUCCAAAGAGUUCAAGUUCUAGGCAGAGGUCACGUACUGAUCAUUCUCUCAUUCAGCCUCUUCAGCUUGUUAACAAGGAUCAAAAUAUUGAUGGCCUGGAAACCAUACGUUUUGUUCUUGUUCACGGAGGUGGCUUUGGUGCUUGGUGUUGGUAUAAAACAAUCACACUAUUGGAAGAAAGUGGAUAUAGAGUUGAUGCAGUUGACUUAGCAGGUUCUGGAAUUCAUACAUUUGAUACAAACAGCAUUACGAGCCUUGCACAGUACGUAAAGCCACUUACUGAUAUCCUAGAGAAACUUGGAGAUGGAGAAAAGGUGAUUUUGGUGGGACAUGAUUUUGGUGGUGCUUGUAUUUCAUAUGCAAUGGAGUUGUUUCCAUCUAAAAUCUCAAAAGCAAUUUUUAUAGCUGCAGCAAUGUUGAGUAGUGGGCAGAGUUUCCUUGAUAUGUUUUCCCAACAGACAGGUUCAAACGAUCUGAUGCAGCAAGCUCAGAAAUUUUUGUACACAAAUGGGAAAGAUCAGCCCCCAACUGCUAUAGGUCUCGACAAAGAAUUGGUGAAAGACUUCUUGUUCAAUCAAAGUCCUGCUAAGGACGUUGCAUUGUCAUUAGUUUCAAUGAGGCCAAUACCUUUUGGGCCGGUUAUAGAGAAACUCUCACUUUCUGAUGCGCAUUAUGGCUCUAUCCGGAGAUUCUACAUUGGAACUCCUGAAGACUGUGCCAUACCAGUUGCUCUACAGGAGAACAUAAUAAAUACAAAUCCCCCAGAACAGGUUUUUUGGCUCAAAGGUUCUGAUCAUGCACCUUUCUUCUCAAGGCCUCAGUCCCUAAACAAAAUUCUAGUAGAGAUAUCACAAAUUCCACCAAAGCAGGCCUAAAUCCUAUUGCACCAAAGCCUGGUGUGGUAAAUUUCUGGCACUGUGUGAUCUGCAUAUAGUAAGAAGCAUGAUGCGUAUCUGGUUAAAGUUAAGUGACCACGAUAUGCCACUGUUCCCUUUGUGUAGCUGUAAAAUAUAGAUAUGGCUAUACAUUAGGCAUCUUCCAAUCUUUAUAGUACAUGUAUUGUAUGAGCUUGUUAGUACCAAGAGCAUGUAUGAAUUUAAGUCAUUCAAAUCUGUAUAACAAAAUAUGUACAAAAGGAAAAUGAAGAAAAGUUGUUGACAAUAUCUAUUUGAAAUUUUCAUCCUAUGUACAAAUAAUACUAAAUAAGUAAAUAUUAAAUGAAGUAAAAAUAGAUAAAUUUAAAACUCUUGAAAGAUGAACAUUGCAGUAGUACUCACUCUGUACCAUGAUAGGGCAUACUCUUUUACUUCGAAGUAGAACAAAUAGCUCUAAUUAAAAUGGGCUGCACUCCAUUUGAUAGCUUUAACUUAACCUUGAUCCAUAUCCUACCAAUUUGAUGGUGAGGCAAAUGCUACGAGUUGCUUGGGGCUGCUGGGGUCUUUUGGUGCAUAUAUGG